AUGCAACCACAGCGGAAUCUCUUGCCGAUUUCGCUACAACAGAUAACGAAUGGAAUUGCACUGGCUGCUCCAAUCAUUUCAUGUAUCGCUUUUCUGUGCACACUUUUCACCGCUUAUCUCUCUCGACAGUACUGUAAGGCGGUAGAAGAUGCUGAGAAUCAAACGAUGAGCUUGCUGGAUGAGGCCUUACAAAUUAUGAUCCCAAUGGGAAUAUGUAAGCGUAUUUGUCAACCAAAUAUGAAUAUACUACUUGACAAUAACGAUUCGAAAGUUGUUAUACAAAAGCCAAGCGCAGCUCCACAACACUUCGAAUAUCCAGAAGAUGUAUCUGUUGCACUAGCAGAUGAAGAAGUUAUCUACGACCAUUUUGGGUUUAAAAAGGAAGAGUCAAAUUUGGAAUCAACAUGUCAGCGGAUAAUAGAGUUGGCCAUAGGAGGGAUAAAGGGUCGAGAAGCGCUGGUCAAGGAAAUGAAAAGCACAUCACUGAAGUCGGCUGUUCCGAACAUGGAAGCUGAAAAAACACCAUCAACCUAUAGCAAGGCUGCUCCAACUCCUAUUCUUGUUACUGCAAGAGAACAAACUUCUAUUAGAACUGCUGGUACCCCAAAAGAACCAUCAAUAAUGGCUAAAGAUCUUGCUAUGCACUUCCAAGAAAAAACAUGCCAGGAUAUUGAACAAGCUAGGGUGAAUAACAAAGCUUGA